AUGAAUGGUUUUUUGGUGUACUUGGCUACACUCCAAGCAGCUGUGUUCGUUGUUUAUUCGCAAUCCGAUUCGAACUCGCAGUUUGGUAAGCCGUGCUCGUCCUCAUAUGAAUGCUGGAGGACGGAACCGAUUUCAGACAACGGAUCACCAAUUUCUCUAAUAGCACCUGCACGAACGAAGAAACUGGAAAUAACGUCUCAGAGUAAAGGAGCACGUUGUCGCUGUAUCGAGGACACAUGUCGCAUGUUCGUGUUCGCGAGUGGGGUGUAUCUGCCAUUGAAAUACGCGAAAUUACGCAUAGAAAAUAACAACGGCGAGGAUUUAUUGUCGUAUCCAAAACAAUAG